GGUGAUAAAAUAUACAUGCGUGGGAGUCCUGGGCGGGGAAAGUCUGCCUCGACGUCAAGAAGGAAACCGUUCAGCUGCUUCGCUGCCUUCAACCCUCCGAGCCAGCACCAGGACCUGGAGGGCAGGCAGCCUCGGAUACAACUCCGACCCAUUCAGGAGCACAACGAGCCUCGUGAAGCCGAGAAAGACGCCAGAAACGAGCGCUGCAGCCCGGACCGAGACUUCCGCCCAGGAGUCGGUAGACUCGCCGCAGCUCCGUGUCACGUAUGUUCAGGUGUUCAAAGCCAGCCUUUAAAGCAGCGCGUGAGUCCGCAGGCUGCUGUGCUCUCUUUCAUGAAGAAGCAAGCCAAGAAGGAGCAGAAGGAGGUGGAGGAGGAGGGUUUGUGUUGCUGUGAGUAUGUGAACAGACACGGAGAGCGCAGCCACAUUGCUGCCUGUUGCUGCGACUGCGAGGAUCUGGACGAUGCCUGUGACAGGUUUUUUAAGAGGGAGCCUCAGAAACCUGAAUCCUUGUCGCAGAUAGCCACAGUCGUCUCUGACCGGAUUCGUGUUCCCUGGCUGUGGGGCGGCGCUCAAAAACUGGACCUAUCCAUUGUCCCUCCUCUUAUACUUCUUCCUGCCUUGCUGCACCUCGCUGCUCUCCACUUCCUGUUGGGCAUCGUGGUUCUGAUGGCUCUGCCCGGCUUAGUGUUAUGGUACUACUAUUUCACCCAUCGCAAAAAAGGACGGACGCUGUUCUUCCUCAGCCUGGCGCUGUUCUCCUUAGCAUACAUGUACUACUUGUUCAUAUGGGAGGUGCUUCCACGUGGAGAUGUUGGACGGGUGGAGCUGGUGGCAGUGACCUCGGGGGUCAUCCUCACCCUGUUGGCUCUUCUCCACACCAAGAGGGAUCCCGGUGUUGUGCGACUGGACAAUGAUGAUGUCCACAGCACGGUGACGUACUACGCCCCCCUGCCAGACAGAGACUCAUCCUUCAACGCAGGGAGGCAGGAGGUUUCACAGACAGCAGCCAGUCGGGCUGGGUCAACAGAGCAGGAAGGGGCGGAGCUUGAGAGCAGCAGGAGGAACUGGUGCUCAGUGUGCAGGGUGGUGCGGCCUCCGAGGGCGGGACACUGCCGGAUCUGUGGCGUCUGCGUGCUGCGUCUCGACCACCACUGUGUCUGGAUAAACAACUGUGUGGGACAGGCCAAUCACCGCAGCUUCCUGCUCACGCUCGUCUUCUUCCUGUUCACGUCCCUGUACGGCAUCAGCCUGGCGCUGCAGAGUGUGUGUCCUCGACAAAACGUCCUCACAGCUUUACUGUACUGCCCCGGAGUUUACAACCAAUACAGCACUGCGUUGUGUUUCACCUGUGCAUGGUACAGUAGCAUGGUGACUGGUGGGCUGCUCCAUUUGCUUUUAGUUCAACUCAUCAACAUCAGCCACAACGUGACGGAGCGGGAGGCCCGCGCCGCCCUGAGGGAGAAGACCGCCCGCAGCGCCUACUGGGGACUCGUUGUGGACACGGGCGUUUAUACUCAAGGCCUGCGUGGGAACUGGUCUGAGUUCAUCUCCAUGGGAGACAAGCUGAAGCCUGCUUCUCCUGCUGAUUUAGUGUGACUGUUUGCUGCUGCAUUUCAGUUUCUACCCACUAGAUGGCAGCGUUGGGCUGGAGCUGCACUGUGUCUCAUAUUAACAGUUUCAGACCGCUUCCUUCACUCUGGCGGUCCUCCUGUGGACAUAAAGACUGACUUCAUGUCUCUGCUAUGGUCUAGUGUCUCGGUGGACCGCUGCAAGCAAGAAAAACUUGAAUAAACUUCCAAUAUCUGUUGGUUCAUUCUCAUAACCAACGUCAACAAUCAGAAGACACUUAAUUACUUAUAUUUAUUGCACCUUCUUUGCAUUGCAAACUCCUCUGUGCUAAUUUAUAUGCUAUAACAGUCAUUUGCAUUAAUAUAAUUAGUUAUUUUGCCUAGUUUAAGCUUUCAAACAAAUCCGUACACACAAAAAUAUGAUUUAGAAUUUAUUUAUUUAGUCUUUAAUUAGUUUUAUAGCCUUUUUUGAUGAUUGUUUAGUUUGUGUUCUGUGUUUGUGGAUUUUCUAUGAACAAAGUUAUUUAUUUAAUAAAAGUGAAAAGUAA